AUGUCCACCCCCUGGAUAUUCAUAUGCCCGUCCAGCCGCGGAAUCGGGCUCGCCCUGACGCGCCACCUGCUCCGGACGACACGCCUCCCCGUCCUGGCGACGACUCGCCAUCCGAACCCGGAGGUUUCCAAGGCCGCCAUCCUGAAGGGCAUGGACGGCACUCAGCACGGCGACUCGGCCUCUUCGCGCCUGCACCUCGUGUCCGUGGACGUGACGGACCCGCCGUCGGUGGAAGCGGCCUCGCACACGGCGCGGCGGCUGUUCCCCCCGGACCGCCACCACCUGCACCUGUCGCUUGCGGUGCCGGGGGUCCUGACGCCCGAGAAGAGUCCCGCGCAGGUAGACGCCGGCGCGAGCCUGGCCAUGUUCCGGGUGAACACGCUGGGGCCGCUGCUGCUCAUGAAGCACUUUGCGGAGUUUCUGCCGCGGCGCGGGACGGACAUGGCCGGCGGGGAGGCGGACGCGCUGCCCGCACACGCUACGUGGGUGUUCAUGUCUGCGAGGGUCGGGUCCGUCGCGGAUAAUAGGUCGGGGGGCUGGUUCUCGUACCGCGCCAGCAAGGCUGCGGUGAAUAGCGUCGCCAAGAGCUUGGAUGUGAUGCUCCGGGCGAGGAGUGGCGACAAGGCCGUGGCCGUGGCGUAUCAUCCCGGGACGGUGAGGACCGGGCUGAGCAGGGAGUUUUGGGAGAGGGUUCCGGAGGAGCAGCUGUUCAGUCCCGAGUACGCGGCGGAGAGAAUGGUCAGCGUGGUGAAUGGGUUGCAUCUUGGUCAACGGGGGAGGUGUUUGGAUUGGAAGGGCGAGGAGAUUCCGCCUUAG